AUGGCAAUCAGCAACUUUCUGCUCACAAUUGUGGGCGUGGGAGCGGUGGCCAUGCUGAUGAGCAAGGACAUCAAGCAGUCAUCCGCCAUGCUGCGCCGCAACAUGCGCCACGUUCGCACUUGGCUGGAGGAGCAGGGCGCGGCCGCAGAGCAGGCAGCCAAGCAGGACAUCAAGCAGGUGGCAGAGCACAAGCCGCCGCCGCCAGGCGAGGGCAGCAAGCCCGAUGCCCCCAAGCAGCCGUAG